CAUAUUAAAAAUGGCAGCUUCCAUGGUGAAAAUUAGUUCGCUAACUAAUUUCUUGACAAAAAGUAAUAGCACUCGGUUACUGCAAAAAAUAUAUAGGAACAAACAAUAUUGUCGACAUAUCAGUUCCGCAGAGGCACCAGAACCACAAGCACUCCCAGAUGAAUUAGAAACAUUCGAAGAAAAAGAGUCCGUGAUAGAAAGGUUGAGAAAUUUUUCAAAUUUGCCACAAUACCUUCAAGACAAGGAACAUGGAAAAUUACCAGAUCGGGAACGACUUGAACAAAUGACUUUUAAAGAUAACACUAAAAGAAAAAUAUUUCUGAGAAAACUCUAUGCUAAGUAUGGUAGUGCUAUUGACAUUGAUGCCGGGGUUUGUUGGCCUUCAAAAGAGGAGCUCGAAGAGAUCAAAGAAGAUGAUAAGUUUUUUGAACCAUCAUUUCAACAGAUGUUAGCAGAUCUUAAAGAAGAAAAGAGGAAGGAAGCUGAAUUCAAUAUGAAUGUAUUAACAAAAGUAGAAAAAGGUAUGGCUAAAAUGGACACUUUAAUCAAAGAUUUCAAUGCCAGACAGCAGAAAGAAUUAGAAAAAGAAGAAGAAGCCGAGAUCAAGAGAAAAGAAAUGAUGGAACUGGCUGAAGAAUAUUACGGCUAUGCUGUUAAGCCUAGAAGUCCAGAGUUUAUCAAAUUUAUGGAAAUGAAAAGAAAUGAAGAAAAAGUGGCUAAAAAAGCAGCAAAGCAGGCAUCAAGAAAUAAACGUUCAAGUCCUCAAGUACAACAGGAAGUUGCAAAAUCUUGAUGUAUUUUCCUUCCUAUUAAAAUUAUAAAUAAUUAA